GGGAAAGGUCAAGCCUUACAUGCUUCCCAUGCCGAAAAAGAGGAAAUUGGUGUGAAGAGAGGUCUAUGAGUUUGGUGAAGUGCGGUCCACUCUGUCGACGCAGUGCAGCUUCCACUACCGUCUUUUGCACAGGAAAGAGAGUCGGGUUCAGAUGCUCCUAUAAUUCACCCUUCUGAAGUGGACUUCACAUAAACUAUUGAAAACAUGGAGGCCACUUCUCCCAUCAAGCUUCUCUCAUUCGCGUUCCUAUUGGUCCUCUGUCUUCUCAGCACCGGCGGAAUCACUCCUCACAAGGUCGAUGCUCGUGACCCAGCGUGCAAUGGCUCGAUAGCUGAGUGCAGUGAGGAAGCGGAGUUCCAGAUGGACUCUGAAAUCAACCGGAGGCUACUCGAGCAGAAGAAGUACAUAUCUCCCGGUGCGCUCAAGAGAGACCAGCCAGUCUGCAAUGGGGGAGGGAGCGGCAAUGCCUACACCAACAGCGGAUGUCUACCUACUCCGUCAAAUCCCCAUACCCGAGGUUGCGCCAAGUACUACCAGUGCAGGUCUGGAUCGUGAUGGUCUGUGAGUUUCUUGCUAAGUAAAUGAUGGAAACACAAACGCUCUUGAUUAGUUUGGUAAUAUACUUCAUGAACUGCUUCGAAAUUAUCUCCUCAUACAAAGUUUAUUGGGUUGAUCUACAGUUUCUGAUUAGAUUCCGAUUAUGUUCUAAUUCUCUAGAGUACAACAACAUCCUCAGUUUGCAGCAUAGAAGUCUGUUUCUCUCAAAAAGAUUACUGUUUCAACCAGAAGUGCUUGACAUUGAAGAAGCAAUUUCUUGCAAAA